GACCACUCACGGCCUCCCCCGGAUUUCGCCGCCGUCUUCGCCUCCCGGCGCUUCUUCUUCUCCUCCCCUGGCCUUUCCAACUCCAUCUCCAAAUCCCAUCGUCCCAAUGAGGAAAUGAACCCUACUAGUAGUCGGCCGCCGUCGGUGGACGGGGGCGUGGUGGCGGUGAAGAAAUACUCGCCGGAUCCGUAUUCAGACUUCAAGAAGUCGAUGGAGGAGAUGAUAGAGUCGCGGCGGAUCGUGGACGCACAUGGGAAUUGGGAUUACUUGCACGAGUUGCUCUCCUGUUACCUCGCCAUGAACCCAAAGCACACUCACGGUUACAUUGUUUCCGCCUUCGCCGACAUCGUCGUCCGAUUGUUGCGGUCGAUGCAGUGGGCGUCGAUGAUGUUGAGGAGGUCGUCGACGUAA